AUGACUAGGGACGAUGAUUACGAGACCGCCCGAGUAGAUGCGGAUUCAUCCGAAGAUGCCAGCUUUCUUGUCAUUACAGGAGACAGUUACAGCUAUUCUAUGUUUUUUGAAGAAGAAGUUCCAGAAAGUAUUAAUAUACAAAUGGUAGGAUUGUCAAAAUCACACGGUGUACGACUAGGAGUUUGUAUCCCAUCCGAUGCUACCUUUAAAAUCACCGGAGGAAAGAUAAAAUGGGCAGCCGUAGAUUCAUUAAACGACGUUGUUGCUAUCGGAGACUAUUUUUACGAUUCCGAUACUGGGUACCUUGCCUUAUUUUUGGCUGAUGUAAGAGUAAUGAUCAAUAUUGAAAGCGGGGAUUUAACUCAAUCUGACUGUUUAAGUGCUGCUCAUGAAAAAUUCAGCCUUUCUUCAGAUUCAAAUGUGUCCGAAACCCGAAGAAAGUUUACAAGUUUACUAGAGCUACUAAGCAAAAGACUUAAUCACGAAAGCAGACAGAAACGAGCCGUUGACACAGCUGGAGCGAUAGAUACCAGAGAACUUCCUGCUACUGCCAAUGAACCACCUGCGAACUGGGGAGCAGGUUCCACCAGAGGAUAA